CAAUUCAAGAUGGCUGCCGAACAAGACGACAAGAAAKCGAAUUUUCUUCAAUUCGUUCCUCUUUCCAGCGCUGUUGAUGCAGUUUUCUGGCAUAAACUUAAGGAUAAUAAGCUAAAUGUUUACCAGCUUGAUGAUAAGCCUAGRUUCUUGCAAGGAUACUACGUGAAUAGUGAUUUGCCAGGAUUGCCAUGCCGUUUGAAUAUUGACUACAAUGCUUUUGAACUGGGAYGUAUACCUCAAAGAUCUUUUGGAGCACAUGGAGAACUGUUGAAUACCAACACAAUGGAAGAUUUCCGUACAUUAGACAAAAAAGCCAUUAUCGAUGCCUUGGGCAAGAAGAUAUGGGAAGCCAUCAGAUCUAAAGCUGUUCUAGAAGAUCCUUCACUUCUUUGCCAGUUUUAUCUACUAACAUUUGCAAACUUGAAGAAAUACAUAUUCUAUUAUUGGUUUGCAUUCCCUGCUCUGUGUCCAGACAGCAAAUCUGAAGUAAUUGGUGAACCACUGGAACUAGACCAAGCUUUUAAUGACCUACAGGCUGCUAAUUUACAGAAAUCAUAUGAAACGAUGCAUUCUGAAGGAAAAG